UGAGAUAGCUCAAAAGUGCGGGGUGGGGUGAUCAGCCGUCGACUUGCCAGAUCAAGUAUACCGUGAACCAGCGGGUCUAGAAUAACCCCGUAGCUACGAAUCGUAGGUGAGGAAAAAGAAGCGAAACAGCAUGGUGGACAAGUGGCGUGAAGAAAUUCCGGUGAGUUUGGAGGUGAUUGAUAUCGCGGGUACCCCUCCAGCUGGCCUCGUCGCUUUCCUUCGCCCACUCCUCGUCCCAUAGCAGCAAUUGCAUAAACGAUCAUUCAACUCGAUUUACAAUCACUCAAUUCAGCAUUUGGUCACAACAGAAUUGGAGCAGGCAGCAUGGCAUCACAAGAAACGUACCAGCCGCCUCCGCCGGGAGAGGAAACAAUGAACGCUGUGCGUUUCCACGGCCAACAUGAUCUACGAUACGAGAGGGUACCAGUUCCACAAGUACGAGCAGGCCAAGUUAAGAUCAAGCCAGCUUGGGUGGGAAUAUGUGGGACAGAUCUCCAUGAAUAUCUCGGCGGCCCAAACCUCUGCCCUACAACGCCUCAUCCCAUAACCAAAGAGACAGUCCCCUUGACAUUCGGGCACGAGUUUAGCGGAGUGAUAGAAGAGGUCGGCGACGGAGUCACGGACUAUAAGCCUGGCGACAGAGUUGUCAUCCAGCCCAUCAUUUAUGACAACACCUGCGCCGCGUGUGAAGAAGGCCUACAGAACUGCUGCUGGCAGAAUGGUUUUAUUGGAUUAAGCGGCUGGGGUGGAGGCCUGUCAGACCAUCUAGUCGUUCCCACGUCAACCCUUUACCGCCUGCCAGACAACGUUCCGCUUGAGAUUGGCGCGCUGGUUGAGCCUCUCGCAGUUGGCUGGCAUGCCGUGAAGAUCAGUCCGUUUAAGAAAGGCGACGUCGCACUUAUCCUCGGCGGCGGCCCUAUUGGUAUCUCUACCAUCCUGGCGUUGAAGGCUAAAGGGUGCGAUAAAAUCAUCGUAUCGGAAGUUAGCCGUCGACGACAAGAAUUCGCAAAGAAAUUCGGCGCAGACUACAUCAUCGACCCCACAAAAGAAGACCUCGUCAAGCGUUGCCGCGAGCUGACGGACAACAAGGGUGUGCAUAUCAUAUAUGAUUGUGCUGGUGUACAGGCAGCGUUGAGCCAGGCCGUGCACGCCACCAGGGCCAGGGGAACCAUUGUUAAUAUUGCCAUCUGGGAAAAGCCUUGCACGAUUAACACCAACGACUUCAACUUCAAGGAACGGACCUACCUUGGGAUUGCGACUUACGAGGUUGGGGAUUUUCAGGAGGUCAUUGACGCCAUCUCCGAGGGACGUAUGAAGCCGCACGAGAUGAUUACGCAGAAGAUCAAGCUUACGGAAGUGGAAGAGAAGGGCUUCAAGUCGCUGAUAAACGACAAGGAUAACCAGGUUAAGAUUCUAGUCGAGGUUAGUGGUGGGUAAUUGAUGGCUGUUGUACUCUACCAUGUUGGUCCUUUUGUAGGUCUUAAACCGUCUAACAAGCCCUUUAUACCCAAUUUUUUGGACUACAUGCCAUAUCGCCAUAUCGCUAUCUAGAAAAUAUAUCCCCCGAUCUUCAAAGGUCCAGUCAAGUAACUUCACCCCUUCGUCCGUCUUGCAACCCAGGCCUUAUUUGAGCGGCCCCUCGGGCUCGCCACAGAGAAUUACCACCACUGAGCCA